AUGGCAGUUUCUUCCCAGGUCUCGCCGCGGAUACAGGAAGUCCGGGACCUGGCGAAGCAGGAUCCCUCGAAAGCCGCCGACAGUUAUCAGAAGAUCCUCUCUGAAGGUCCAGGAAAGACAGAGGCUUCAUCGCGUGAUUAUGAAUACGCAUUGGUUGGGUUGGGCCAGCUGCACCGGGAUGCGAAGAAGCCACAGGAAAUUGCAGACCUCAUCAAGACCAGUCGAGACACCUUCUCGUCAUUUGCCAAAGCAAAGACCGCCAAGUUGGUUCGACAACUCUUGGACUUGAUCAGUGAAAUUCCCAAUACCCUCGACCUCCAAACUAGCGUCAUCCAAUCAUGCAUAGAGUGGGCCAUCGCCGAGCGGCGGUCUUUCCUGCGACAAAGCCUUCAAGCACGCUUGGUCGCCAUACACAUGCAGAAGCAAGCCUACUACGAAGCUCUCACCCUCAUCAACUCUCUUCUUAAAGAACUGAAGCGUCUGGAUGACAAGCUGAUGCUGGUGGAGGUGCAGCUGCUUGAGUCUCGUGUUUACCAUGCCCUGGGAAACCAGCCCAAGGCACGUGCUGCUCUCACUGCUGCACGUACAUCUGCUGCAUCAGUCUACACCCCUCCCAAUCUGCAGGCCAGUCUCGAUAUGCAGAGCGGCAUGCUGCACGCCGAAGACAAGGAUUUCAACACCGCCUACUCGUAUUUUAUCGAGGCAUUGGAAGGAUAUAACUCCCUUGACGAGGGGGAAUUGGCCACUGCCACUCUCCAGUAUAUGCUCCUGUGCAAGAUCAUGCUGAAUUUGGUCGAUGAUGUCACGCAACUGCUAGGCUCGAAGCAGGCACAGAAGUAUGCCAGUUCACGCCUGGAGGCUAUGAAGGCCGUAGCGCGGGCUCAUGCCAACCGAUCACUGGAGGAAUAUGAGAAGGCACUUUCCGACUACCGAUAUGAACUCGGCAGUGACACCUUCAUCCGGAAUCACCUACGCCGACUUUACGACGCCAUGUUGGAACAGAACUUAAUCAAGGUUAUUGAGCCAUUCAGUCGGGUGGAGCUGGAGCACAUUGCCAAGAUGGUGGGUCUGGAUACACAACAGGUUGAGCGGAAAUUGUCGCAGAUGAUUCUCGACAAGGUCAUCAUCGGUGUUUUGGACCAGGGCUCUGGCUGUCUGAUUGUGUACGACGAGACUGAACGUGACCAGGCCUACGAUGCUGCUCUGGAGACAAUUGAGAAGCUGGGUAAUGUUGUGGAGGGGCUGUAUACUAACCAGGCCUCUCUUUUAGAGUAG